AUGAGCCGGAGGUUGGCCAAGCUGCACAAACCGUGCGACAAGCUGGAUAAGUACGACAAUGAGCCGUACAUGCAGAAUCCGCUACUGAACUUGUUCCUCUCGGAGAUUAAGGAGCGACGCCAUUACAGUUUCAUCCAACGAAAAGCCGCCGCUGAAAAAGUAAAACUCUGCCGUCGAAAGACCGAAGACCUGGACGAUGUCGUUCCAAAGCCGGAAUCCUACUACGUCGAACAACUGCGUCAGCAUGCAAAACGUGCCCCGGUGCCAAAAAUGCUGUCCAAAACGGAAGACAAGAUACUGUCCUUUGUACCGAAACGGCUGCGUCAGCAGUACCCGGCGCUGCUAGCGUCGUACAUGACCGACGUCCACGAAGACUUCGACAAGGUGAUGAAAGCGUUCAGUUGCCAAAAAAUCUUCAAACCCGGUCCCGAUGACUAUGUUCCACCGAGAGAAAAGUUCGAAUUCAAGCGUCUCGGCCGAACCGCAAACUACAAAAACUUUCUCAAGCACAAAGCCACCAUUCAGAGAAAUCUGCUGAUUCCGUAUCCUUUCAUUCGGUGCAUCAUUCACUACUCCUAUACAGAUUUUCCGCCCGUGUUGAACGAUUUUACCAAGUAUAGGUUGAAGUCGGAGAUCACCUUGAAUGAGCUUCGCGAUAUGGCCAAGAAGGAGUUGCAGUCCAGCAACACCUUCAUUGCCGACGAGUGGUAUCCAAAGAUCACGAGGGUACUCAAGAAGCACUAUGAUCGUCGUACGCUGCCGAAAUCCAUGUGGCCGAAGGUGAUCAGUUGUGCAUCCAGUCUGAUCAACCGACAGCUAACUGAGUUGAAAUUGCGCACCAUCGAACAUCUCGAACGGACCGUUCUCAAUGUUCACAAAAUUCCACAAAUGAAAAUUCUCGCAAUAUGCGACGACGGAAUCGAUCUGUUUCCGAGCCUAAACGAUAUCUACAGUGUGUACAAGAAUGCAAUCGACGACAUUGCCGCCAUGGGAUCCCGUCUACCGCCGCUCGAGACUAUGAUCGACGCUCAGGCAUUUGUGACGAAGGCGAAUUUUAUGAAGAUUGGAAUCGGUGAUAUAUCACUGCAGGAGAUGCACGACGAGCUGCAGAUUGCUCUGGAAAAGGCGUUUGAACCGUUGGCCAGCUAUCUGAAGGACUUCCAGGAGCAAUUUGCAGGACUGAUCAGUAAAGAGACUCGCGACGAGCUAAAUGACUUUCUUAGUGAGUCUCGUUCAUUUGACGAAUACCUGCAGAAGAUUGAUGAUUUUCAAGCGUACAACGAGAAGAUUAAGAAUAUGGUAAUGAAGGAGUACUUCUACGUGGCCAUCGUGAAUCAAUCGGAUGCGAUCGGCAGUCUGCGGAAACUGGUUCGGGAGUACAUCGAGCGAAUUGCGGAAAGCAUUGCGGUGGAACAUAGGAAGGAAAGCCAACGGAUUUGCCGGGCUUUUGAAGAGAUUAAAGAUCGCGCGCUGGAAAUACCGACGUCGACGGAGCAACUGAUGGCAAACGGGGAGUACAUGACAUGGGCUAAGACGGUGACUAUUGAGGAACUUCGAGAGAAAAUACAGGCUUCUAUGAGAAUUGGAGCUUACUUGGUGGAAUUGAUCGAAUUGCCGCCUGACCACAUGGAUGUUCAGGUGGAAAGUAUCAAUUGGUACUUCCGUAUUCAAGCCGUAUUUGAUGUAAAUUCCACCAAUUUUGAAGCGUACAAGUUUCAGUUCGAGGAAAAGCUGCAAGAGGUUACUAAGCAGCUGAAUGAAAAAAUGGAGGAAAUGAUACCGGAUAUCGCAAUUAUUAACGACAUGACGGAAACGGAAAAGUUUCGCGACUACAUUAUGCUGCUCCAGGGUUACAUUGACCAAAUAUUUAUCUUCGAAGAUUACGUUAAGUGGAUCAACAAGGAGGAGGUGUUAUUUAAGUUCCCUAAGUCGCAGUAUGCAGUGCUGGAAGCGAUCAAGACAUUUGUUGUACCUUUCUAUAAGCUGAUCAGAUUGUGUAUGCGUUGGCUACGCUACUAUAACGUUUGGAUGGAUGGUCCAUUCGAAUACCUGGAACCGCAUUUCGUCGAGUCUAAAACGGACGAAUUUUUAAAAGAGUUCCAGAAAACCCAAAAAUACUACCGAAAUCGUAUCAAAGCGGACAUGUUGGAGAACACGCUCUGCAAGUUUAAGGGUCAAACCGAGGAUCCAGAUCCGGAGAAACAUCCCUGCCCGUUGAAAUUGUGUGCCCGAAUGACGCAAUCGAUCAAGGACUUCCAUCUGGGAGUAUACAUCGUUAACAUCAUGUGCAAUCCAGCGUUGAAAGACCGCCAUUGGGAUGAAAUGUCGGAGAUCGCAGGCUUUGAUCUUACUCCGGAUGCGGGUACGACACUUAGGAAAAUAAUCAAGUACAACUUGGAACACGAUCUGGACAAGUUUGAAAUUGUUAGCAUUGGGGCAAAUAAGGAGCUGCAGUUGCAGAAAAGUCUGACCGCCAUGAUUAAGGAGUGGGAAUCUAUCGAAUUUAAGCUAAAUGCUUUCAAGGAUACCAAUAUCAAUAUUUUGUCCGGAUUGGAUGAAAUUCAAGCGAUUCUGGAUGAUCACAUAAUCAAAACCUUAGCAAUGCGCGGUUCUGCUUUUGUUAAACCAUGUGAGAAGGAAGUCAAGGAAUGGUACAAAACACUGACACGUGUCAAUAAGACACUGGAACAAUGGGGAAAGGUGCAGAGUACGUGGUUGUACUUGCUGCCGAUAUUCUCUUCCGCUGACAUCGUGGCGCAGAUGCCCAAUGAAGGAAGAAUGUUUCAGCAGGUGGACAAAACUUACCGAAUGUACAUGAAGGCAGUUGAAGGAAACCGGUCAGUGAUGAACAUAGCUGCUGCCAAGGGAGUUUUGGAAGCACUGGAACAGUCAAACGAACUGAUGGAGGAAAUUACGAAUGGAGUCAAUGAGUAUCUGGAAAAGAAGCGUUUGUAUUUUCCGAGAUUUUUCUUUUUGUCGAACGACGAAAUGUUGGAAAUACUUUCUGAGACGAAGGAUCCACUGAGGGUUCAACCACAUUUGAGCAAGUGUUUUGAGGGAAUUAAUAGGUUGGAGUUCGAUCAAGCAUUGGAUAUUCGGUCGAUGUUUAGUAUCGAGAAAGAACAGGUCCAGUUUGUAGAGAAAGUGUCAACAUCCGAAGCACGCGGUAGUGUUGAGAAAUGGUUGGUUCGGGUAGAGGACGAAAUGUUGAAAGCCGUACUGAACGAAAUAAAGGGAAGCUAUGAGGCCUACAAAGAGAAAGCGCGUGACACCUGGGUGUUGGAUUGGCCCGGAAUGGUUGUGCUCUGUGUUUCGCAAAUUUUUUGGGCAGCCAAUAUACAUGUCUGUCUAGGUGGAAAACCGAGUGCGAUUGUAGAAUUUUUCGAACAGCUUCAAGUCGAGUUGAUGGAUGUUGUCAAAUUGAUUCGAUCAAAGGAGAUCACCAAUUUGGAUCGAAUUACAAUUAAAGCAUUGAUCGUUAUCGACGUCCAUGCAAAAGAUGUGGUAGAUGAGCUAAUAAAGCAGAAGGUUCAGUCGGAGAAUGACUUCCAAUGGCUGGCACAGUUGCGUUACUAUUGGAAUGAAGGAGAAGUGUUGGUGAAGAUUAUUAAUGCUUCGGUCAGGUUUGCUUGUGAGUAUUUGGGGAAUUCAGAUCGGUUGGUCAUAACUCCGUUGACUGAUCGUUGCUAUCGAACCUUGAUGGGAGCCUAUCAGCUACAUUUGAAUGGUGCCCCGGAAGGUCCGGCCGGAACGGGAAAAACGGAAACCACUAAAGAUUUGGCCAAGGCUUUGGCAGUUCAGUGUAAAGUAUUUAACUGCUCCGAUGGAUUGGAUUACAAAGCAAUGGGAAAGUUUUUCAAAGGAUUAGCUUCGUCUGGAGCAUGGGCCUGUUUUGACGAAUUCAAUCGAAUCGAGCUGGAGGUAUUAUCGGUCGUAGCUCAGCAAAUAUUGUGCAUUAUAGUGGCAGUCCGAGCCGGUGUGCAGAAGUUUAUCUUUGAAGGGACCGAAUUGAAUUUAAAUCCUGCUUGCUACGUAUGUAUUACGAUGAAUCCAGGAUAUGCAGGGCGGUCGGAGUUGCCGGAUAAUUUGAAAGUGUUGUUUAGAACCGUUGCAAUGAUGGUACCGGACUAUGCGAUGAUUGGAGAAAUUUCCCUAUAUUCUUUCGGAUUUACCAAUGCAAGAACUUUAGCGGUUAAAAUUGUCACCACAUAUCGACUUUGUUCGGAACAACUUUCGUCGCAAAAUCAUUACGACUAUGGCAUGCGAGCUGUUAAGACCGUUUUGCAAGCUUGUGGUAAUUUGAAGAAAUCUUUCCCAGAUGAAGAUGAAGAAAUAUUACUGUUGAGAUCACUUUUGGACGUCAAUCUGCCAAAGUUUCUACGGAAAGAUGUUCCUCUGUUUGAGGGUAUUAUCUCUGAUCUUUUUCCGGGUGUUGAACUUCCCCAAGCAGAUUAUAUGUUGCUUACCAAUGCUUUCCAUGAGGUCUGUCGGGACAUGAAAUUACAACCCAAGGACACCUUCCUAACGAAGGUCAUACAGACAUAUGAGAUGAUUAUUGUUCGUCACGGGUUCAUGAUGGUAGGGCAACCAUUCUCUGCAAAAUCCAUGACCCUGAAAGUGCUUGCAGAAUGUCUUACUAAAUUGAAAGGUCAAGGCGAUAAUCCGUAUUUUCAAAGAGUCCAGUAUGAUGUAGUGAAUCCAAAAGCCAUUACCAUGGGACAGCUUUACGGUGCAUUCGAUCCGAUAUCGUACGAAUGGACGGACGGUAUUGCUUCUACGAUAUUUCGAAGUUUUGCCAUCGAUACGAAACCGGAUCGAAAGUGGUUGAUUUUCGAUGGACCGGUGGAUGCCGUGUGGAUCGAGAAUAUGAACACCGUGCUGGAUGAUAACAAGAAGCUUUGUUUGACAUCUGGAGAGGUCAUUACUAUGACGGGGGAAAUGUCGAUGAUAUUUGAGGUUAUGGACCUGGAACAGGCAUCACCGGCAACGGUUUCGAGGUGCGGAAUGAUUUUUAUGGAACCGUCCGUCAUUGGUUGGGAGGCUUUGGUCAUGUCGUGGAUUCAGCGGUGCAACAAGCAGUGGACAACGGACUGGGAGCACUUUUUGCUGGAAAUUUAUCGGUGGGUUAUUCCGGAUUGCUUGAAGUUCAUAAGACGCCAGUGCAAACAGUACCUCUAUCCAGGUGAUAUGAAUCUACUCAUGUGUACAAUGAAUAUUUUUCAAAUGGUCAUUGAUGAGGCGGUUUACGAGAGUCCCGAUGAGUACGGGAAGUAUUUGUUUACCUGGUUUCAGGCUGCUUUGAUGUACUCAGUCGUAUGGGGUUUGGCAGGAAUCUUGGACAUGGAUUCGAAAGUGAAAUUUGAUGAGUUUUAUCGUGAGAUAUGGAAGGGAACUGAAGAAAGUCACCCCGUUCCGGAUGCUUUGGGAAAGAUAGACGUGUCAAUACCUGGUGAGGGAAUGAUAAUGGAUUAUGUGUACUGCUUCAAACAAAAAGGCAACUGGCGAUACUAUCCAGAUAUGGUAAGACAGAUGAAGAAUGAAGUUGGAAUUACGCUUCUGGUGCCCACAUUGGAUUCAGUUCGAUACAUGCACAUAAUCGAUAUCCAUGUAAAGAACAAAAAACCCUUAUUAAUGGUGGGGCCAACUGGAACAGGAAAAACUUACUAUUUCCAGAAUUAUCUGAUGAGCAAAAUGGAUCAAGUUACGCAUCUUCCUACCUUGAUUACCUUUACGUCACAGAUCACAGCCAAUCAAACGCAGGAGUUGAUCAUCUCAAAGUUGAUGAAAAAGAAACGCGGAUUGUACGGACCGGCGGAGGACAAAACGUGUGUUCUCUUCAUCGACGAUAUGAACAUGCCGGCGAAGGAAAUCUACGGAGCGCAACCUCCGAUCGAGUUGAUUCGGCAGUAUUUCGACUAUGGUCACUGGUACGAUCUGAAGGACGCAUCGAAGCUCUUUCUGCAGAAGAUUCUUGUGAUGGCAGCUUGCGGUCUGCCCGGCGGCAGCAGACAGAAUGUAUACGAACGAUUUUUGUGUCACUUCGAUAUCUUUGCUAUCAGUAACUUUAACGACGAAACUAUGUUUAAAAUCUUUACAAACGUGUUGCUAGAUGGCUAUCGGAAGGGAGGCCAUGCAACGGAUGUUACCACAAUGGUUAACAUGAUCGUAAAUGCUACCUUAAAUACGUAUCAGUUUGCGUGCGAUAACUUGUUGCCAACUCCUGCUAAGUCGCAUUACAUAUUCAACUUGAGGGAUGUAUCGCGGGUAAUCAGUGGCUGCUCGAUGCUGAAGCGUGAAUCGGUAGAAAGUAAAAAGAUAUUCCCAAGACUUUGGAUGCAUGAGUCGAUGCGUGUAUUCUAUGACCGCUUAGUGGACGAAACUGAUAGGCGGUUCGUGUUCGACAAACUGAGUCAGAAUCUCAAAUCGUAUUUCAAAGAGAAAACGGAACAACUAUUGCCGGAUUUCUUUCAUCCAGAGACGAAUACUGUGAAUUUAGGAAACCUAAACAACCUGCUGUUCGGUAGUUAUUUUGAUGUGGACGCUGAAAUGGAAGAUCGAAAAUAUGAAGAAGUACCGCAGAUCGAACAGUUUAGAGAUUUGGCUAAUCGAGAUCUGGCGGAAUACAACAGCACACACAAGGCAAAAAUGGAUAUUGUCCUAUUCCAGUACGCACUGCAACAUUUAAACAAGAUUUGCCGUAUUAUGUCCAUGUCUUGCGGAAGUUGCAUGCUAGUCGGGAUGGGUGGAUCCGGUCGCCAAUCUUUGACCAAAUUGGCAGCGCAAAUCUGCGGACAGUCACUAUUUCAACCGGAAAUAACCAAAUACUACGGAAUCAAUGAGUGGCGUGAGGAUUUGAAGAAGGUUCUCAAAGAAGCAGGCGGAAUGGGUCGUGAUACUGUUUUCCUUCUCACUGAGGCGCAACUGAAGGAGGAAGCUUUUCUUCAGGACAUUGAUUGUUUGUUGAAUCUCGGUGAAGUUCCGAAUAUUUUCCCGAUAGACGAAAAGCAAGAGAUUCUGGAAAUGGUUCGCUUGGCUGCUCAAGGUGGGAAUCGAAAUCUGGACAUCAGUCCUUUGGAAGUGUUUCAAUUUUUUGUCAACCGUUGUAAGCAAAAGCUUCACAUCGUAAUUUGCUUCAGUCCAAUUGGGUCUGCUUUGCGAAACAGAAUACGUUUGUACCCAUCGUUGGUAAACUGUUGUACAAUCAACUGGUUUGAUGCGUGGCCGGAAGAUGCACUGGAAAAAGUUGCUGAAAUGUAUAUGAAGGAACUCAACGUUCCGGCUUCGAUAAAGCAGGCCAUAGUCGUAACCUGCAAGCAUUUCCAUGUGGUCGCCAGAAAUGCUUCAGCAGAGUUCACGGCAUCAACAGGCCGUGUCACGUACGUUACAUCCGCUUCUUAUCUAGAGCUAAUAAAGUGCUUCCGUAACCUAACUAAGAAACAUCAAACGGAAAUUAUGCAAAAUAAAAUGCGCUAUCUGGCCGGUUUGGAUAAACUGGAUGCUGCAGCAGCUGCCGUGUCAGUCAUGCAAAAAGAAUUAAAUGCAUUGCAACCUACUCUACUGGUAAUGGCAGAACAGUCUCGAAAAAUGACGGAGGAGAUUGAGAAAGAAUCCAUCGAGGCAGCAGCCGCUACUGAACAGGUCAAGAAAGAUGAAGUUAUUGCCAACGUUCAGGCCGCCGAAGCGCAAGUAUUGAAAGCCGAUUGCGAGAAAGACCUAGCCGGUGCGAUUCCGAUUUUGGAAGAAGCCAUCCAAGCAUUAAACACACUAAAACCUAACGAUAUCACUCUGGUGAAAUCGAUGAAGAAUCCACCCGAGGUAGUUAAACUUGUCAUGGCUGCGGUAUGUGUGAUGAAAGGGAUUACUCCGGAUAAGGUGACCGAUCAAGCAACGGGAAAGAAAAUGCUUGACUAUUGGGGGCCGAGUAAACGCCUGUUGGGAGACAUGGCGUUCCUGCAAACACUAAAAGACUUCGACAAAGACAACAUAAACCCAGACCUUAUGAAGAAAAUUCGUAAAGAGUACAUUCCCCAUAAAGACUUUCAACCGCAUAUUGUGGCGAAAGCGUCCAGCGCCGCCGAAGGUCUAUGCAAAUGGAUUAUAGCAAUGGAUUUGUAUGAUGCCGUCGCGAAAAUUGUUGCUCCGAAAAAGGAAAAACUACGUCAGGCUGAGAAGGAGUACGCAGAAACCAUGGCGCUGUUGACGGAAAAACGACAACUGGCGGCCAACCUGGAGCGGAGAGUUGCCGAACUCAAUGACAACCUAGAUGAGGCAAACCAGAGGAAACAGGAAGUAGAAGAUGAGGUUCAGCUGUGCAAGGAUAAACUGCAGCGGGCGGAAACUUUGAUUGGAGGGCUCGGUGGGGAGAAGAGCCGCUGGACGCUUGCAGCGGAAAGACUUCAGAAUCUGUACGAUAGUUUGGCUGGUGAUAUUCUUGUUUCUAGUGGAGUGAUUGCCUAUCUUGCACCGUUAAACGCAAGUUUCCGGAAUCAGUGUAUCCGUGAUUGGCACGCCUUUGUGGGUGAAAUGAAAAUUCCCUGCUCGGCUGCGUAUAGUUUGGUGGACAUAUUGGGAUCAAAAAUCAAAAUUCAGAACUGGAACAUUGCCGGCUUGCCAACGGAUGCAUUUUCGGUGGAAAAUGGAAUCAUCAUGGACAGCUCGAACCGGUACAGCCUGUUCAUUGAUCCUCAGUUUCAGGCUAACAAGUGGAUCAGGAAUAUGGAAAGAAGUAAUCAUUUGCAGAUCAUGAAAUUUUCCCAACCAGAUUAUAUGAAACGCCUAGAAGUAUGUAUAGAGCACGGUUGGCCAGCGUUGAUAGAAAAUAUUUUCGAAGAUCUAGAAGCUCCGUUGGAUCCACUGCUAAAUCGAAAUACCUUCAUUCAGGGCGGAGUUGAAUAUCUAAGUUUGGGUGAUAAUGUGAUUGCCAUGUCACCGAAAUUUCGACUAUAUUUAACUUCGGGCCUUCGAAACCCACAUUACUUGCCGGAAGUGUUCAACAAAGUUACUGUCGUCAACUUUGCUCUCACCGUCAAAGGUCUGGAAGACCAGCUGCUUGGAAUAGUAGUUGCCAAAGAACGUCCGGAUCUUCAAGAGCUGCGGCAAAAUUUGAUACUGCAAGGGGCGAAGAACGUUGCAAUGCUGAAAGAAGUUGAGGAUAAGAUUUUGAAAACACUUUCGGAGAGUAAAGGUGAUAUUCUGGAGGACGAAAGUGCGAUAAAAAUUCUUGAUGAUUCUAAACGAAUCUCCACCGAUAUCGAGAGAAAGCAGGAGGAUUCUAAGGAAAUCGAAGCUAAAAUAGACGCCUUCAGACAGAAUUACCGACCAGUUGCUACGCACUCAUCGACACUGUACUAUUGCAUUACGGAACUGCCGAACAUCGAUCCAAUGUAUCAGUUCUCGUUGGCAUGGUUUGUCAAUUUAUAUAUUUUUUCGAUUGAAAACGCCAACAGAACAAAGGAUCUGCAGCGCAGGUUGAAAUUUUUAAUGGAUGCUGUCACGCUGAAUCUAUACAACAAUGUGUGUCGAUCACUAUUUGAACGAGAUAAGUUGCUUUUCUCAUUCGUAUUGACAACUAAAAUAAUGAUCUCUUGCAACCAGAUCGAUCAGCAUGAAUUUCAGUAUCUUCUAGUUGGAGGAGAGAAAAGCACAACAGAUCAACCAAACCCCAAUCCUAGCUGGAUAACGGAUAAGCUUUGGCAGGACAUUGCUCGUCUAGAGCAACUGCCAGAAUUUGCCGGAUUUGUUGCCAGUUUUAUUGAAAACAUGACAGACUGGAAACGGUACUACGAUACGGAAGACACCCACAUCGAGAAACUUCCCAGUCCCUGGCAGGAGAAGACAAACCGCUUUGAAAAGUUGAUAAUUUUACGGACUUUCAGACCCGACAAAGUUGUCUUAGCGAUUGGAGAAUUUGUUGCUUCGGAAAUGGGUCCAGCGUACAUCCUACCACCACCAUUCGAUAUCGCCCGAUCCUACGAGGACUCCAACUGUCUAACACCUUUGAUAUUCAUUCUUUCUCCCGGAGCUGAUCCCAUGAAUGCUUUGCUUUUAUUUUCUGAGAAAAUGGGUUUUGAUGAAACGUUUCAGUCCAUUUCGCUGGGCCAAGGGCAAGGACCAAUUGCGCAGAAAAUUAUCGAACGAGCUCAAGAGGAAGGUACUUGGGUGUGUUUACAGAACUGUCAUCUAGCUGCCUCUUGGAUGCCUACCCUGGAGUAUCUUUGGGAAAAUAUGGAUCUUUAUAAUACGGUUUCUUCUUUCCGUUUGUGGCUAACGAGCUACCCUUCGGAACAGUUUCCCAGCAGCAUCCUGCAGAAUGGAAUCAAGAUGACCAACGAACCUCCAACGGGGCUGCAACAGAACCUUCUUCGUUCCUAUAAGUCAGAACCAAUGAAUGACGAAAACUUUUACACUGGUUGUGCGGGAAAAGAUCGUGCUUUUUCCAAGUUACUCUACGGAAUCUGUUUCUUCCAUGCGGUCGUGCAGGAACGACGCAAAUUUGGACCUCUGGGAUGGAAUAUCUCGUAUGGAUUUAACGAAUCGGAUUUCCAGAUCUCCGUUCUACAGCUACAACUCUUUCUCAACCAAUACGAGCACAUUCCGUACAACGCAAUAUCGUAUUUGACUGGUGAGUGUAACUACGGCGGUCGCGUAACUGAUGCUUGGGAUCGACGAGCGAUCGUUACUAUACUGGCGGAUUACGUUAACGAUAGAGUUGUAAAUGAUCCAAAUUAUCGCUUUUCGAACCAAGGCGAUUGCUAUGGCAUACCUUUACGGAAUGAACACCGAGAGUACGUGGCACAUAUCGGAAAUAAUGUACCCAACUAUCCUAGUCCAGCAGUGUACGGACUUCAUCCAAACGCUGGUAUCACACGGGAUUUAAAUGCGUCCAAGGUAUUGCUUGAAUCGAUGUUGAUGACUCAAGGAGGACUGUCAGAGACUAGUGAUGUCGAGAAGGAAAAAAAUAUAUUGGAAAUGAUUGAGAACAUUCACAGUCGGCUACCACCUGAUUUUGACGUUGAAACAGCCAAAAUAAAUUAUCCAGUCGAUUAUAACGAAUCAAUGAACACUGUACUGGUGCAAGAAAUGGAGCGCUUUAAUAACCUACUCCAGGAGAUAAGGUCCAGCUGUGUCAACCUUAAAAAGGGUAUCGCUGGAUUGAUCGUACUGACUCCGGAGCUGGAGGCCGUUUUUUCGGCACUGAGUUUCAAAAAGAUUCCGGAUAGUUGGAUGAGAAAGUCCUAUCCAAGUUUGAAACCGAUCGGAGCGUACAUCGGUGAUUUCCUGGAGCGGCUAGCUUUUCUGGAGUCCUGGUAUAGACUUGGGAAACCAAACGUUUUUUGGAUUUCUGGCUUUUACUUUACGCAGGCAUUUCUAACGGCAGCAAUGCAAAACUAUGCUCGCAGGUAUCGCAUUCCAAUUGAUAUUUUGACCUUUGAUUACGGAAUUCUGCGAGUUUCAUCUGCCAAUUCUCCGCCAGAAAACGGAGUAUACAUCCAUGGCCUAUUUUUGGAAGGGGCGAAAUGGAAUUUACGCGGGGCCUAUCUCGAGGAACAGCUUCCUAAAAUGCUAAUAGAUGUUAUGCCGAUCAUUCAUCUCAUACCAAUUAAAGUGGCUGAGCUUGAGGAAGGUACCAGAUACAAAUGCCCAGUUUACAAGACAGCAGAACGAAAAGGCACCCUUUCGACGACUGGCCAUUCAACAAACUACGUCAUUCCUGUGUUACUUGGAACUAGACUGAACAGCGCUCAUUGGGUUAAAAGAAGCGUUGCCUUACUGUGUCAGACUUCUGAGUGA